UGUUCGUUCAGACCAGACCAGCUACGUCAGGUACGAUAUUUCGGACCCCUGAACUCUGUGCAUACUGGAUCUCCCUUGGCCCCACGUCCCUGACACCUAUCGCUGGUUGAUGAUGCCACUAAAUGAGGGUCGUUGGGCAAAUUACGUCUCUUUUCCCCAAAUCACAUUUGCAUUUUCCCUUUCCUCUCGUGUUGAUUUGUUCAUUUCUUUUGCCCGGGGGGUCCCUGGCACAUCUCCCAGCUCUAGUGUCGCGGGUGAAAAUCCCUGAGAAAAUCCCUGAGAAAUGGGGAAAAGCUCCACGCCACUUGAUGACCCUAUGCAGAUCCAGUGAUCCAGCGAUCCAGCCCGGUGACCUGGAUAAGAGGCUUCUAGUCAGAUUAACUUCCACCAGAGCUCCUUCCUAAAUCGUGCUUAGCUACUAGGCUAGAUCGGGACUGGGCCGGGACGGGGAUGAUCUACAUGAUUCCAUUCCCAGGAUCACUCUGAUCGUUAGUCUUGCGUUAUUUUGAAGAUGUAAGAGCCCCAAAAGCCACCCGA